CGGCUGCUUACGUCCCAGUGCCCGCCUUCCCGGGCGCGUCCCCCGCGCCUUCCCGGGCCAAAGUUGGUCAAGCCCACCCGCGCCGCCACUUGGCGGGUGGGGUCGGCUGCUCCGGCCUCCGGGUUUUGGGAACCGCCGAGAGCCGAGUGCGCUGGGGCGUGUCCGGUUUCCGGGCGAGGUUGGCUUCGGGGUCCCAGAAGUUUGGGGAAGGAAGGAAUAAGAAGAGGAGGGAUUCCUCUCUAGGCUGAGAGCUUCUAUGGAGGAGUUUUCUGUGUGUUUGUCAACUCCACUCCCGCCCCGGGAACUCCUUUGGCCGACGCGACUGCAGGGAGGAGACUAUUCUGCGACCCUCUGGAGGGCAGACCCGCUGGGCUCUAGGGAGCCAACUCCAACCGCAGAGAGCGGACUGCGCUCCGCUCCGCGAGAAGACCCUGGUGCGGCCCGUGCCAACCCCCGAGGCGCUCGGGGAGGCGGAUAGACGCCGCUCCUGCCGGGGGUGGCGCAGAGGGGAGACCGCGGCCUGCAAAAGGGCUCGCCCACUUGGCGCGCGCACACUCAAGGAAACCUGCUUGCUCGCUACUUGGCGCCCCGCGAUCCGCGCUGGGCCAGCAGCCCCAGGUGGCCGAGGGCCUCUGCACCUCCCACCCAGCCCCUCCCCGGGCCCCACCCUGUCUCGGAGCAGCGGCCGCUAAAAGCUGGAGACUCCCAGUGGCGCCGCAGUCUCCUCCAAGGCCCCGGGCAGGAUCCGGCCAGGAGUUUCGCGCGAGGUGGAGGCUCCGCUUACCUCUGAGGACGCGUUAAGUCUCCCGAGGAUCUUGAGCCAAGACACGCAAAGCGGACCAGCCCGGGCCCGACGGCAUCAUGGAAGCCCCGGAGGCGAAGCUAAUGAGUUUGGAGGCUCUGGGACCUGCACCCUUCAGAGACGCCCCCGCGGCCGAGGAGCUCCCCGCCCCGGCGAUCCUGUGCCUGGAGAGUGGCGAGGACCGCGGGGGCGCCUCCGAGGCCCUGGACCCCGACGCCCAGCGCGCGGUCAGCCCCUUGUCCCUGCAGGACGAGGCCUCCCUCUGCGAGCAGGAGGAGCUGGUGGAGUGCCGGCGCCGGGCGCGCUCCUUCUCGCUGCCCGUGGAUCCCAUCCUGCAGGCGGCCAAGUUCCUGCAGCGGCAGCAGCAGCAGGCCCUGGGUUUGGGAGCGUCGCGUGAGGACGAGCCGCACGACCCCGGCGGCUGCUGCCCCAAGUGCAAGAAGCGGGUGCAAUUCGCUGACGCGCUGGGGCUGCGCCUGGCUAGCGUGAGGCACUUUAGCCAGGCCGAGGAACCGCAGGUGCCACCCGCCGUGCUCUCCCGCCUGCGCAGCUUCCCCAUGCGCGCCGCGGACCUGGAGCAGCUCGGUGGGCUGCUGGUCGCGGCCGCGCCCCUCCCCAUGCCGCUCCCCGCGGCGCCCCGGCUGCGGCCACUCUUCCAGCUCCCGGGCCCCGGCGCGGCAGCCGAGCGCCUGCGGCAGCAGCGCGUGUGCCUGGAGCGCGUGGACUGCGCGGCGCCCUCGGGUGUGGAGGUGACCGGCUCCGGCCGGGUGCUCGGCUGCCCGGGGCCCAGGUCCGUGACGGUGCGCUACACCUUCACCGAGUGGCGCUCCUUCCUGGACGUGCCCGCUGAGCUGCAACCCGAGCCCGCCGAGCUGCCCCCGCCAGAGGUCCCCUCGGGGGUACCGGGGUCUGGUGGUUCCUCAGAGGAGCCGGGCGCUGAGCGCUUCCACUUCUCACUGUGCUUGCCUCCGGGCCUGCAGCCCACGGAGGACGAGGACAUGGAUGGGCAGGGCGUCACCAUCCACUUCGCCGUCCGCUACCAGUGCGCUCAGGGAGAGUACUGGGACAACAACGCGGGCGCCAACUACACGCUGCGUCCCGCGCGCCCCACGGACGCGCUCUGAGCCUAGAGGCCCGGCCUUUCCAUAGCCCGCGCCCUCCUGGAGAGCGCUUCGGGGCCGUGAGCAGGCGCCAAGCAGUGCGGGAGCUCAACAACCCCGGGACCGCUCGUGUCUCCCUGGUGAUUUGCUAGGGACCCGUGGUUGAACUCUGGCCCCUGGCGGACUGUGCCGUCGGUGGAUCGAGGGGAGCGUGGGGGGAAAGGGAGCCCGAACUUCCCACGGCACAGAGCCUGGCAAAGCUGCAAACCUCGCCAGCCUCAGCCUGCUCCUCGGUUGGGGCUACCUAGGGAACUUCUAGAAUCCACACCCCUCCUUCAUCCCCGUCAGAAUGGGGAGAAAACCCCAAGGCCCCAGAAGUCGCUUUCUCCGGGAGAAAGGCAACUGACACCUGAGCGCGGCUACAAACAGGGACUUCGGCCUUUGUAUCACCUGUAGAUGUCGUGGUUCAGCCCUGGCUGCGGGCUGGAGACCCCUGGGAAAGGACAGGGCUUGCCGAUCCCGGGCGUCCUAGCGCAAAGGGAGACGCGGGGCUGAGAGGCUGCGACGCAGGCCCUUGCACCCAAGCCUAUUUCUCAGAGAAAACCGGGUGGGAGUGGGGCCGGGGAGCAGCAGGCCGCCCUGUUCUUCUCGUAUUUGCCCAGACUUAACGUUAUUUACCUAACUUUUGCCUUUGUGUACAAAUGCACUUAAAAAACGUAGAGGCCACUUGCCCGCUCUUUUAAGCUGUACUUUAUAGUUUGACUGUCGUGCCUUUGGGGGCCUUGAGACUGUUGACUUUGCCAGCAGAUGACGCAUGCACUGUAACAAUUGUCAGUAUUUCCAAAUGUCCCUUCACCGAGUCUUCCUCUCUGGUGAGGAAGGGCCUGGAUUUCCCCCACUGAGCAACAAAUUUUUUUUUUUUUUUUGAAGUUUUGUAGAAAGACUCUGCCCCCAAAUAAGAUGAUGGGUGAACUGAAAGGCCAUUGUAACCCGUUGGCCUUGGCUGCCAGCACUAAGAACUGUUUCUAGGCGGCCUCAUGCUCCCUCUCCCCUGUGUAGCCCAAGCACAGAGCAGCUGCUAGACGUCCCCAGGCCCUUAUAGCCCGCAGAGAGCCUGAGCUCUGUCCGGGGACUCCAAGCCUGCAACUCUGAGCUAUAGCUUGUGAUGUUGAUGAUGAUGAUGUAGAAGGAUGCCCAGCCAGUGCUCAGUACCGGUUAGGCCACGUGUACACUGAGGAUCACCAGUGAGGGAUCACUCACUGCUGUUGGCUGUGAAGCCAGGAUGAUGUGGCUACGGAUGGAGGGGUUGGAGCAUCUUGGGUGAGCCUGAUUUCUUCACAACUUGGCCAUUCUUUGGUAACUUUCCUUCCUUUCUUCCCUCCUUCCUUCCUCCCUCCCCCCUCCCUUUUUAAAUAUUCCUAUCUUGCUAGCACCAUCAAUUCCUUUUGGAAUGGUAGUCUUUAGGAGGGGUGAUUUUCACUGGGGGACCCCUCCAGGGGUCUGCAAACUUAGUCCAUCGGCUGCACUCCACCUACAGCCCAUUUUUGUGCACUAAGAAUUUUUUUACAGAAUGUUUUUUCAAAAAAGUCAAAAGAAUAUUAUUUCGUGACAUGUGAAGGUUAUAUGAAAUAUAAAUUUGGGUCCAUAAAUAAAGUUGGAAGACAGCCAGUGGAUUUGCUUUGCUAUUGUGCAAGGCUGCUUUCCUGCCACAAUGUGGAGUUGAGUAGCUGCGGCAGCCAUGGAUGGUAUGGCCCCGCAAAGCCGAAAACAUUUAUUUUCUGGCCUUUCAAUGAAAGUUUGCCAACCCCAGUCUAGAAAAGUACUACUUUUAAAAAUACUUUAUGCUGAGAGUUAUGCUUAAAAGCAGCGAACUAUCAACACAGGUUAAACUUUAAAGUGAAUUUUGCCACUUGAAAUAAACCUCUUUUGGGUAAUAUUUUUAAACUGUUUAGGUAAUCCUCAGUUAAUCUUGGUUAGAAUUAGUAGUGAGGCCACCAUUUGUGCAGUUAUUACUGUAUUGGGGAGGGGAUUCCACCUGCUACCUUAUUUCAUGUAAGAAAUAGUAGCAAAUCAUCUGAGAUAUAGUCCAUAUCUGAAUUUCCAUUAAACUAAAAAAAAUGCUUAGAUAUUUCCAUGCCUCAAAAUGCGGCAUCUUAAGUAAUAGAAAUAUGUAGUUUUAACUUUCAUUGGAGACAUCCCUGUUGACAGUGGUGGUGCUUUCCCAAGUUAUGUGACUAUGCAAAAUUUAAAAGUAAAAUAAUAUUUUUAUUAACUAGAUUACUAAUAAUUUCCCUCAGAAAAACUACCAGGAGGUUAGUGAGUCAUAAUUUACACUUGGAGUAAAGCAGACUUCAAAAAAUGGCCACAUCAAUGAUAUAAUAUUUAAUUCAUGUGUGCUUAAAAAACUUUGACAAUAAAAAUUAACCAGUUACUAGCUUUCAGUCAUUUUUCUGCUAUUAAAUACAAAAAGAACCAAGCAUUUUUGUGCAGCUUCUAGGUAUUCUUAGGGCUAGUAUACCCUUUCUUUAAAGUGCAUAAUUGUAUAUUAUAACCACACCUGCUUAAAUGUUUUAUAUUUUUCUUAUGUAUUUAUAAAUACAUUUUAGCUGAAAAAUAUCAAAAGAUAUUUUAUUAUAGAUAGCCUGUACCACAAUUUGGGAAAAGCUGUUUUAUAUGAUAAUGAUGAAUUAUUUUAGAUUAUUUAAAAUCUAAAUUAGGAUGAAAUUUAAGUAAGUCCAAUAUCAUGAUCAAAUGAGAGCUCUUCUCAUCUAGUAUCCUUUCAAAUGAUAACCCACGAAAUCUAGAAUGAAAUAGAUAAUACAUGGAUUUUAGGAGGUGUGUACAGAUUUUCUGUUAUUAAAAACCAUUGUUGAAUUUAAAAACUAUUUUGGAAUUCAAAAAUUAAUUUUAAAAAUAUUUCAUAGUAAAGUGAAUAUCAAACAUAGCUUGUUGGCAAGGAAAUCCAGCUUUAUUCUCCCCUAAAUCUUGCAGAAUUGCUUUUUGAAGAUGCAGGAUUUUGUAGAAUUUUUUGAAUAGCCUAGUCUUUCUGCAAACAAUUAUAGCCUUUCAACUACUAGAAUUGACUCUUUUAAUUGUCAAUUUUAUUUUAUAAAGUGCCAAUUUUCCAUUGUAGACUAACAGCAAAUAUUUUGUAAUGAAAUGUAAAGACGUUAAAACAGGUUUUAUUUAUAAGUUUUUUGAAAAGUUAAUUCAAAGGAAUUUAGUUUGAAAGGCAUUAGGAAGUACUUGAGUGUAUUUCCUGAAAGGAAUUAAAACAUACACAUGCACACAUACCCCAAAGCAAAAUUCCAGUAAUGCAGCCAUUGCUUUUUUGCAACAAUAUUUCCCUCAACUGGAGUGUAAGUCACUCUGCUUGAAAACGUAAUAGCUUGAAAACCUUUCCUAACUCUAAUGAUUAAAAACUAAGUUGUACUUGGCUCAUUUAAUGACUCUGCCCUCUGCCAGUGAGAGAUUGUUGUUUUUUCCUUAUGAGCAGGUAGGUCUGUGGACCAUUGAGUCAGGGAAUGUUGAGUGAAAUGCCUGUCUCUAACUCUAAGAGUUUCAGAAGCAGAGGCUGGAAAUGCGGUAGAUGUUUGUAUGGAACAGAAUUUCCCUUCAUAUCUCUCAGGUUUCUGAGGCAAGGUGGCCAGCUGGUUCCAAGACCAAACUAGGGAUCCUGCCCCAGGAGUGAACGCUGGAUUCUGGGACGCCCACUGAGCUUUGGAGACAUGCUCUGUCCACCCACAGCAGGGGCCACAGCUCAGACGGCCUCGCCAUGGCCACUGGGAAUGGGGCAGUUGUCAUUAUCAAUGGAUCUUGAGUGUAAUUCCAGGGGAAUUCUGUCCUUCUGGACAGCCCUGACCAUCCCCUCUCCUCCUUGUGCUCCGAUCUGGCCUGUGCCAGGGGGUGAGGACUUCCCUGGAAACACUGGUCCUUGAGACAGUUUUCCAUGAGAGGUCAAAACAUACGGAAGCAAAGCCUCCUUGCUCAUUUCAUUUUUGGAGUGUCAGUGUUUAACUACUCUUAAUACAGCCUUUCACAAGUUUUCCAUAGCUCUGCUCUCUAACUCUUGCUCCCUGACUCAGUUGCAUGUUUCUAUCUUUAAGAGCUUCAUGGCUUAUAGCCACCUGGGGGACUGUCAUCAGCAUCGUCAGUUAUUUGUCAGCAGUGCAAGUGACAGUCGUAUGGAAGAAGUUCGAUUUUCUGCUUUUUAGUGGAAUCAUGGUGCUGAAUCAAACGUGCAUUUUUGAUUGCAUGCAUCAGGACACGGGUUUGUAGGUUGAAAAGAUCAGUGCCGCAGCAUGGGGUAAUUUGACAAGCAACACAGAUGAACCACGAGCAGCCUGCAGUCCACCCUUUGCCCAGCUGAGUCCCAGGAUGCUUGGGCCAGAGGGUCUCCUGGGGAUCAGGAAUGGGCUGUUUGUUGUUACCAAGGUAAGGGGCUGGGAGUUGGGGGUUGGGGGAGCACCUGACAAUCCUGGGCCGUCCCAGUGACCUUCCCGUCCUUCCUGCCAAGCGGUCUUGGCCACCUUGUAGCCACGUGUAGACACGUGAGCAGGUGCCUGGAAGCCCACAGAGAGGUUGACUCUGGUUUCCCUUUCUGUGCAAUGGACAUAUUCCACAAAUGGACACUGUUUUCAUGCUGCUUUCCCUUUACUUGAUCAGGGGAGACUGUGACAAUUCACCUCUCAAGAUCGUUUAAUCCUCCAAGAGUUGGUUGGUGAAGCUACACUUGCUAACUUCAGGCUCAUUACGAUUUCAACUCCUUUGACUCUUUUAGGAAAACUUUGUUAUUUGUGGAGUUUAAUUCUUUGACCUUGGCAGUCUGUGGGCAGGCAUAUUUUUGCAAGAAAGAACAGAGCCACAUUUCAGCUAAAAGUAGAUUUUUGAGAUGCAGAGAUCAAGGGCUUAUUUUAAAAUGCGCUACUGAGAUUUGCCUAGUGAGACUAAUAAAAUAGAAAUUUGUUGUAGUAAUGAGUUUGGAGCCAGUUCAUCUGGGAAAUCUACCUGUAUACAAACAUCUCUGUAAAACAAAGAUAUUUUAGAGUAAUUACAGAGAGUUUAAGAAAUUGGACCAGCAUAUUUUCCCCCAAUUGCAUUUACUCAGCCCACUUAUUUUAUUGCUAAUGCUCAGCUCCUGUCCUUUGAGGCUUGUUAACCUGACGUCAUUUCCCAAGAAGGGCAAACAGCAUCUGAACGUGUGCUGAAAUGGAAAAAGUGGUUUGAAAAUCUGAAUUAAAAAGGAGUCAAGGCUGGAGAAUUUCUGGAAUGGAACUUGAACAUUGGCGCUCCAAGUUAAUAAAUUCCUGAGCACAUCCUGCGGAUGGCUUUUCUACAAAUAGCUACACGUGUGUGAUGUUGGGGAAGCAAGCAUCCAUUAAAGCGGAUGAGAAUUUCAUGCUCAUGGGAGACAAAUAGACUUUGAGAAGGGCCACCUUUCACUGCUCUUAGGAGGGACCUUUGUUUUCAGGAGGCUGCUCUCUUGCAGAUGAAGUGGCAAGUUUUCAUACCCUAUGUAGGUGAAAGAGGUUACUAUUCCGUGGUCAGAAUUAGGUUUUUCUUAGGUUUUGCGUUAUUUAAAAAGAAAUGUGAUGGAUUUAUAUUCAGAACCACUUUAAAUCUGCCAGACUGUUCCAUUUGUGUGUUUCCUUCAGUCUGGUUAAAGAGCUGUUAGGAUUUAAUAAAAACUUCAGGCAUGUUGGUUUUGAUAUAUAUUUUUUUACAGCCAGAAAACACAAAAGCCUAAUCAGCCCAUGUCAUGAUUUAAGUGCUUACCCCAAGACUGGUGGGGUUAUAGUUGCUAUAUUGGGGUUUUAAAAUUAUAAAUCCAGUUGCGUUUCAAGGUCCCUGGAACAUCUAUAAAUACAAAUUUAUUAAAUUGCAGACAACUGCUUAACAAUGAAAUAUACAAUAGGCUUUUCUGGAAAAAAACAAACUUAGAAAAGUCUGUGAACCCCUUUGCCUUAAAAAUCGGAAUGGAUGUUGCUUCUGGUGUUAUUUUGGACUUUGCUGUUUACCAAAAACUCAUUUAAAAAUGAAUUUAUGUAUUGGCACAAUGAACCUUGAGAGACUGGUUUUUCUCGCAGCAGGAAAUAACACCGUCAAAGUGGAUCGUAAAGACGUUGAGUUCUGGAAGCCAGGGGCUGCCCCAGGCUGGCUGUAGUGCCCGAUCUAGAACUCCCAUAUCCAGAACACCCACAUCUAGAGCUGGUCUGUGAGCAAAUGGAGUGGAUAAAAGCCUGCUAGGGUCUCCCUGCCUGGGCAGUGAGAGUGGAGGCUUUGUGAUCUUCACUUUUGCCUCUGCCACGUCCACUGGUUGAGAAGCAAAGAAAGAGUGGACCUUACAAAUGGAGCUUGCACUAUCCAGAUGACUAUGUUAGAGCCAAGGCUUUCUAGAACAUUUGGCAACAUUCUUUGUAGACACGGGCCUGAGAGGCAAUGGUGGAUGCCUGUGUACGAUUAUUCAAUGGGAGGGAAUGGAGGGCAGGGAGACUGCAUUUCAUGUGCACUGGCUCCCUCUGUGAGUAACACGUCCAAGUGUGACCUCCUAGUGUGAGCCCGGAACCCUGUACUAUUAAGGUCAACCAGGAUCGUAAUUUCACAUGAAUGCCCGAGUCACUUCUCCAGGGUUUGAAAAUGGAAUUUAGCGUCACCAGGUGCAUGCCUGGAAUCUGAAGUUUCCUAGAGCUUUCUAGGGUUACUGCCUGUGGAGGGUCUGCUUUGACUUGCCGAUGGGCGUUGAUGAGGUCCCAGGCCCUGCCUGGGGGUGAAGGGGGAUCUAAGCGCUGGACAGAGGUGACUACCUCGUUUUGUUGACACAGCGUCUGUCCUCUUCAACUGAAACCGAAUGGAGCCAAGCAUGCCUUUAUCAGUUGAGCCAGGACUCUAUUUUGGAUAGUAUAUUUUUAUGUGAUUAGUUGGAAUUUUACACAGUUCCUUCCAAUACUGUGAAAGAAAAUAACCUUAUUAACUUCCAUUUUAAGACUUGCUUGAGAAAUGUGCCCAGUGGGAUGUUUGGGAUGAAUAGCAGAUUUCUGUGAAUGUGGUUUUUGACAAUGUUUAUUUAAACUGAGAGCUGCUGUAGUCAAAACCCAGCCCUGAUGCUUCUCCUUGACUUUUACAAGCUUUGUUACAUCUUUGUGGUUUGAAAGUGUCUUUUCAAUUCUGGGAUGUUUUGUUUUGUUUUAUUUUGUUUUCUUGCACUUUCUUGUUUGCCACUCUUCUGUAUGGUUCUUUUUCUGUAAGUGUGAUGCCUAAAAUUGCUGAACCCAAAGCCCUGAUUUGAAUAAAGAACUGAAAGCAAGUUUA